AUGAUUCUAAAAAAUGUCCUGAGUUUAUGUGAGCAGUAUGGAUUCCUGUUGAAGAAGCCAACACUUAGUAAACAUUAUAUUGCACCAGCUGGUACUUUACUCUUGGAAAACCUAAAGCAUGAGUGGCUACAAUCAAUGGUCAACUACAAAGAUUAUUCAAUUUAUUAUUCAAAUAACAAUUUCACUGACAGUUAUGAGUAUGUAAAGAGGACAAGUUUAGAGAAAUUGCCAUUUGGCUUUGCUACAAUCAGAGAAGAGGAAAACAACAAUGCUAUCUUCACACUAGGGGAAACAAUAAAUGACAAACACCAUUUAAACACAUGGGUUUUUAUUCCACCUACAAAUUCAGUGCAUGCAUUUCAUCAGUGGCAAAGACAGAGGAGAAUGUGGUGGAGAAAAUUCUCAGCAACGCCUGGCAGAUAUUUCACAACUGACAUAAUCAUGGAGGAAGGAAGUCAAAAGAUUGAAAUCUGUGCAAAAUAUCCUUGGGGUAAUGAACUCGUUGAGGUUUUGAGGCUCACAGAAAACCAUCCACUUCUUACUUCACAACAACUUCAGAAUCUGCACGAGCGAAAAAAAGUUAGCGCGCUGACACUCAGCAGUGAAAUCCACCUGGGCACCAUGUACUUGAACACAAUUUGCGAUGCUUAUGAAAUUUUGAAACUGCAGGACGGCGAGCGGCAUUUAUUAAAGUUUCAUCGCAAAUUAGCACCUUACAAAGUGGGCUUUUCUCUAUCGCACCCUCAAAACGGUCAGUUGUAUGAGGAUUUGAAGGACUUAACAAAAUAUCUCUGUAAAAAACUGCGUGGCAACAACGUCGUUAGUCUGAUGCUGCCCAACUUUGCACGUGCCACGCUUGAGACGCAAUUUAAGAAUUUCGACCACCUCGGCGUGCCCUACACCAUCGUGUUGGGCGAGAAUACACUGAAGAAUGGUAUUCUGUAUCUGCGCAGCCGCGAUACGACAAUUAAGGAACAAGUUCACGUAACCGAGCUGCCGAACUACAUUGGUCUUUUGUUCAGGAAUUACUAGUUGAUUGUUGGUUAGUUUGUAUUGAUUUGAAAAUAUACGCUCAUUUGCUCGUAAUAA